AGGAGGUUCCGGCUUCCCGGCCGCCUGCAGGUGAGGACUGAGACGUAAAAACUGUCCCGGGUUCUGGCGUGCUUGCUUGGCCCGGGAGAGGAGUAUAUUCCACGCUCCGCCUGGAGCGGUGAUAAACCCUCUCUUCCGGAAUGGGAGCACGACGCCCCCAGGAGUCUGCGGGACACGAGAGGCCCGGAGAGUGCUGGAUCGGGAUGAGGUUACUUAAACUCCUUUUCUUCCUGCUCCCUAACACGUUCUCGGAACCCGCAGCUCUGAAAGGUUGCCCUGGAGGCCCCUGGCCAGGCCUGAGCCUCUGCCACCAUGGCCAUUGUGCACACUCUGCCUGUACCACUGGAGCCCGCUCCUGAGACUGCCACUGCCCCACAAACUCCAGCCAUGGGCAGUGUGAGCAGUCUCAUCUCAGGCCGGCCCUGUCCGGGAGGACUGGCUCCUCCACACCACCAUGGUGCCCCUGGCCCCACCUUCUUCCGCCAGCAGGAUGGGCUGCUACGGGGUGGCUAUGAGGCACAGGAGCCGCUCUGCCCAGCUGUGCCACCCAGGAAGGCUGUCCCUGGCACCAGCUUUACCUACAUUAAUGAGGACUUCCGGACGGAAUCACCCCCCAGUCCAAGCAGUGAUGUUGAAGAUACCCGAGAGCAACGGGCACACAAUGCCCACCUCCGAGGGCCCCCACCAAAGCUCAUCCCUGUCUCUGGAAAGCUGGAGAAGAACAUGGAGAAAAUUCUGAUCCGGCCAACAGCUUUCAAGCCAGUGCUGCCCAAACCUCGAGGAGCACCAUCCUUACCUGGCUUCCUGGGUCCUCGGACUGCUGGGCUGUCUGGGAGCCAGGGCAGCCUGACACAGCUGUUUGGGGGCCCAGCCUCCUCAUCCUCCUCUUCUUCCUCCUCUGCUGCUGACAAACCCUUGGCAUUGAGUGGUUGGGCCAAUGGCUGCCCAUCAGGAACACUGUCAGACUCUGGUCGAAAUUCUCUGUCUAGCUUGCCCACCUACAGCACAAGUGGUGCUGAACCGACUACCAACUCCCCAGGCGGGCACUUGCCCUCUCAUGGCCCUGGCCGAGGGGCACUGCCUGGGCCAACCCGAGGGGCCCCUACUGGGCCCUCCCACUCAGACAGUGGCCGAUCCUCCUCUAGCAAGAGCACAGGUUCCUUGGGGGGCCGUGUGGCUGGGGGACUCUUAAACAGUGUUGCCCGGGCCUCCCCUGGAAGCAGCUCUGGUGGAGACCGUUCUCCACCCCCUCCGCCCCCUCCACCCCCUUCUGAUGAGGCCCUGCUGCAGUGUGUCCUGGAAGGGAAGCUCCGAGACCGAGAGACAGAACUGCAGCAGCUACGGGACAGUCUGGAUGAGAGUGAAGCUACCAUGUGUCAGGCAUUUGGGGAGCAGCGGCGGCACUGGCCGAGAGAGCGGGAAGACUGUGUAGCCCAGGCACAGCAAGCCACACAGCGCAUCCAGCGGGCCCAACAGCUGCUUCAGCUGCAGGUGUUCCAGCUGCAGCAAGAAAAGCGACAGUUGCAGGAUGACUUUGCACAGCUGCUGCAGGAACGAGAACAGCUGGAACGACGAUGUGCCACCUUCGAGCGAGAGCAACGGGAACUCGGGCCACGGCUGGAGGAGACCAAAUGGGAGGUGUGCCAGAAAUCAGGCGAAAUCUCCCUGCUGAAGCAGCAACUGAAAGAGUCUCAGGCAGAGCUGGUACAGAAGGGCAGCGAGCUGGUGGCUCUGCGGGUGGCUCUGCGGGAGUCCCGGGCUGCCCUGCGGGUCAGUGAGGGACGGGCUCGUGGCCUGCAGGAGGCUGCUCGAGCUAGGGAGCUGGAGCUGGAGACCUGUUCCCAGGAGCUACAGCGGCACCGCCAAGAGGCAGAGCGGCUCCGGGAGAAGGCUGGGCAGUUGAAUGCGGAAGUGGCAGGACUCCGGGAGCCCCCUGUGCCACCUGCCACCGCUGACCCGUUCCUCUUGGCAGAGAGUGAUGAGGCUAAGGUGCAGCGGGCAGCGGCCGGGGCAGGGGGCAGCCUGCGGGCACAGGUGGAGCGGCUGCGGGCAGAGCUGCAGCGAGAGCGUCGCCGGGGAGAUGAGCAGCGGGACAGCUUUGAGGGGGAGCGGCUGGCCUGGCAGGCGGAGAAGGAACAGGUGAUCCGCUACCAGAAGCAGCUGCAGCACAACUACAUCCAGAUGUAUAGGCGUAACCGACAGCUGGAGCAAGAGCUGCAGCAACUCAGCCUGGAGCUGGAGGCCCGUGAGCUUGCUGAUUUGGGCCUGGCAGAACCGGCCCCCUGCAUCUGCCUGGAAGAGAUCACUGCCACUGAAAUCUAGGGCUUUGCAAGAGGCUUCAGGGCCUCUGCCAAGAAUCCAGGUGGCCCUGUGACUUAGAAGAGCAAGAUCAUACCCUAUAAAAGGUCCUUGUUCACUGUCACUCAGAAGUUUCAUCCUACCUACAUCACCAUUUCACUCCCCAGCUGCCCAUGCCACUGCCAGCCCUGUUUGCCCCAGAUGUUUGCCAGGCAACUCCAGCCAGGAGAACUGGGAAGAGAAAAGGGCUCUCCCCAUCUCCACACUCUACCUGCCCGAAACCAGAGAGAGCCAGGUGGCACCAGCUGCUCCAGAUGUGCCUGCUCCCACCAUGCCCAUAUUGAGGAACAGGGUUGGAGUCUGGGGUCUGAGCCCCAUAUCCUAUCUCAGCUCUGCAGCUUCUUAUGGGCUAAGGGGGUUGAAGUCAGACCAAAGGAAGAACACAGCAAUGUCAUUUAUUUGUGUUUGUGACCAAGCAGUCCCUCCUAGCACCCAGGUUUAUGGCCUCAUUUUCACUUGUAUAUUUUUCACACUGUAAAUUUCUUGUACAAAUCCAAAGAAAAAAUUAAAAAAGA